CACCAUGGACUCUCGGACACCCGCACAAAAGGCAGCAUCCCUGGUCAGUGCUCUCGAGCAACAUGGACAGGGGGAUUAUAUCGGGGAAUCGAUCAAUCAACUCGAGCAUUCUUUGCAGGCAGCGGACCAGGCCCGCCAAUCAGGAGCUCGGGACGAUCUAGUAAUCGCUGCUCUGUUCCACGAUAUUGGUCAGAUUAUCCCCUUGGAUUCCACGAAAGAGGUUCGCAUGAACCUUCGUGGGAGUACCGAGAAUGUCGGUCGCAUGGGUCACGAAGCCAUCGGCGCUGCCUAUCUUCGAUCCCUCGGAUUUGGCGAUACGAUUUGUCGGUUGGUAAAUAGCCACGUCGCGGCGAAACGGUAUCUCACGGCAGUAGAUCGUGGCUAUUACGAGUCCUUGUCUUCUGCGUCUCAGAAAUCGCUCGCUUUUCAGGGUGGCCCGUUCCAGGGAGAGGAGCUCGAAAAGUUCAAUCAGGAUCCUCUCCGGGAUGAAAUGGUUUCACUGCGGUUGUGGGACGAUGCGGCCAAACUGGAAGGGGUAGAAUCCACCACGCCUCGCGCAGGGGCAUAUCUUCAAAUGAUCACUGCGCAUCUAUCUCAGGCAGAGCUUCAAGAGUCGUCAUGA